AUGGCAGUUGACCAGCGCCGGACCCGCGGUUUACAAGAUUCCGCCAUUUCGCUUGAUGCGAUCGUUACUUCAGGCGCCGAGAUGGCUAGUCGUGCGGGUUCAACCACCGACCCGGGUCCAACCUCCGCUGCUCCAAUGUCGCCACGUGCCUACCAUACGGACAGCGUUAGAGACAACGAGUCGGAUAAGGACGCGACUUUGAGCUUGUUGUCUUCUCCACCGCCCCUAAGUGAGACAUCACAAACGCGGUCCGCUCGUUCUACCUCGACAACCUCUCGAAAUUCCAACCGACUCUCCUUAACAUUACCCAUCGCACCACCAAACAGCAUUCCUUCCAGACCCACACCCAGCUCAUCAGUACCCCCUACUCCUAUCGAUACGCCGGCAUUGGGCUCACCUACCGAUCCAAAUGAUUUUAUCGUUGCUAUUGCUGCUCAAGAGCGUCGAGUCCUGGAGCUCCGCGAAGAGCUAGGACGGGCCGAAAUGGAGCUAAGAAGGCUAAAGAAACAGUGGACGAGCUCUGCUGCUUACAGGAAGCGGGCAGCUAACAGAAAUAUUGAGCCACUCCAGGCUAUGACAUCGACCGAUGGACAAGAUGAAAAUGCGAAUAUGAGAUUUAAUAGUGAAUUGGAGCGGAGGAAAGCAAUCCUUCGUGCACAAAGCCAAGGAGCCCAAGCAACUCCUCGGGAGACUAAGAGAACAGUCAUACGCGGCGGACACACACGUACUCUAUCACUACUCUCACCGACGCAGCCCACUAAUGGGGACAAUGUGCUUCGAUCAGCCGACCCGUACACCAAACCUGAACCCAUCUUUAGUCCCACUCCUCUCAAUAAGCGUGCAACAUGGGCUCCUCGCCAAAGCCAACCAACAACACAUGGCAUGAAGCAAAUGGCAAAUGAGCUUAGGCAAGGUCUCUGGACGUUUGUUGAAGACCUAAGGCAAGCCACUGUGGGCGACGAGGCAAUUUCUGGGACUACGCAUAGGACUAGCGAUAUGGUUUCGCGACUAAGCAGAAUGGAAAACGAUCAGGACACCAUCCGAGCAUCUACAUCUGCAGUCAACCGCGGCCGAAUCCCAUUUGAUCCUGAAUCGGAUUCGGGGAUGGAGACUCCAAGCAGGCAAUCCACCGGUAGCUUCAGCGACCGUUUCCAACACAGGCGCACCAUGUCGAAGCCAGAGCCUAAGGAGAAGAAGCGGUUCUCUUGGACGCCACUCACAUUUGACAGCUUCGAUGAUGAUGACUGGUCAAACUGGGAGUCACCCAACGUGAAGACAUCGCGAUGGAGUGGUAGCACGGUGAACGGGGAUAUCAUCAGUGCGAUCCCUGAAAGGACCACCGAAAAUGAGGGGACACUGAGACGUAAGCAAUCCCGAAGCGAGCUACGCUCACCUUCUCCACCGACUCCCAGCAAGCUUGAAGAGCUGCCCCAAGCUAUUCUAAACCGUCUUACACCUACCAAUUUUAAGAACCCCACCUCGACCUUACUUAAGGAGUGGGAGAAGAGCUUGUCACCCCCCGCAGAGUCGGCUUCGUUCGAAACCACCCCUUAA